CUGCGACCGAGUGGGAGUGGAGUGAGGAGGCCGUUGACUCUUUCCUCCUCCCCACGGUCGAGUCAGCAGGUUGAUUAGGCCAUAGGCCCUCAAGCCGAGACUUGUCUCUUAUUUAGUUCUGGGGAGCGCCUGGCCGACAUGAGUGAUGUAGAGGAGAACAACUUCGAGGGCAGAGAGUCUCGCUCUCAGUCAAAAUCUCCAACGGGAACUCCUGCUCGUGUAAAAUCGGAGAGCAGGUCAGGAUCUCGUAGUCCAUCAAGGGUUUCCAAACACUCUGAAUCCCAUUCUCGAUCAAGAUCAAAAUCCAGGUCGAGGUCAAGAAGGCAUUCUCAUAGACGUUACACUCGAUCCAGAUCCCAUUCUCACUCUCAUAGGAGACGAUCUCGAAGUAGGUCAUAUACACCAGAAUACCGGCGUCGAAGGAGCCGAAGUCAUUCUCCAAUGUCUAACCGGAGAAGACAUACAGGCAGCAGGGCGAAUCCAGAUCCCAACACUUGUCUUGGAGUGUUUGGCCUCAGUUUGUACACAACAGAGAGAGAUCUUCGUGAAGUAUUUUCUCGAUAUGGACCAUUGAGUGGUGUCAAUGUGGUUUAUGAUCAGCGAACUGGACGAUCACGAGGAUUUGCUUUUGUUUAUUUUGAGAGAAUAGAUGACUCAAAGGAGGCUAUGGAAAGGGCAAAUGGAAUGGAGCUGGAUGGUAGAAGAAUUCGUGUGGAUUAUUCUAUCACCAAGAGGGCCCACACACCUACACCAGGCAUCUACAUGGGCAGACCAACUCAUAGUGGUGGCGGUGGUGGUGGAGGCGGUGGUGGAGGAGGAGGAGGUGGCAGACGUCGAGAUUCUUACUAUGAUAGAGGAUAUGACCGUGGGUAUGACAGAUAUGAAGACUAUGAUUACCGGUACAGAAGAAGAUCACCUUCUCCUUACUAUAGUCGAUAUAGAUCACGAUCAAGAUCUCGUUCCUACAGCCCAAGACGCUAUUGAUAAACAGAAUGGUUGCAGUUGAGGACAUCUUUUUCUUUCUUUUUCUCUUUCUCUCUUUUUUGUUUAAUUCUGGAUUUCUCCAAGCUUCUAAUCCUUCCUAUUCCUUAAAAAGAACCCUUAAAAAAAUCUUUGGUUUAUUUAGCAUCUAUACUUUGUCAAUUGUAUUGCUGUUUUCCACUCCUUUUAUUAUCCUCUUAAAGGUGUAAUUGUUGUCAUUUUGAGUGAACAUCUUGAGUAAAAAAGGAACCCCCAGUGUUA